CCACCCGAGUCACCGACGACUUCCUCCUCCUCUUUCCUCCACCGAGAAAGAAGCAGGAAACCCUAGCCCGCUCGCAAGUGCUUCACCUCGCGCCACGACUCGUCUUUUCCGUCCCUCGAAAUGGUGGAUUCUCCACGCAGGAGGUACACUCGGUCCCCAUCUCCAUACAAGGGCCGCCCUAAAUCAAGAUCUCAAUCUAGGGGUUUAUCCCGGUCCAGAUCUCGGUCCCCUCGGCCCAGAAUCCGAACAAGGUCGCGAUCCAGAAGUCGCGGCAGGAAUGAAGCAGUCAAUCCUGGAAAUACUCUUUAUGUAACAGGCUUAUCAUCCAGGGUUACAGAAAGGGAGUUGGAGGAUCACUUCUCUAGGGAGGGAAAGGUUGUUGGAUGUCACCUGGUUGUCGAACCUCGGACACGUGUCUCCCGUGGUUUUGCAUUUGUGACCAUGGACGCCGCCGAAGAUGCAGACCGUUGUAUCAAAUAUCUCAAUCAGUCAAUUCUAGAAGGACGGUACAUAACAGUGGAGAAGUCAAGGAGGGGACGCCCACGAACUCCUACUCCUGGAAAGUACCUUGGUGUGAUUAGCACGCGAGAUAGUCACCGAAGUGAUCGUGGAAGAUACCACGGAGGCUACGGCCGUGAUGACUAUGGUGGUGGUUAUCCUAGAUCUCCAAGAAGGUCACCUUAUCGUGGUGGCCAUGAUUAUUCAGGGUACUAUGAUAGUAGGUCUAGAAGAGAGCGAUCCAGGUCACCUUACUAUGACAGAAGCCCAGAGAGAGCAGCAGCAGGCUAUGGGCGUCGUGCAAAUGGCUAUGCUAGGUAGAUUCAGUUAUCUGAUUUUAUUAUUGAACCAGGUGGUCAGUUGAGUAGCUGGUUUGCAGUCAAAUUAGCUUUGUAUGUUUGGUGCGCGAGUUUUGGACUUUGGACUCCGUAUUAUGUGCUUUUACUUCUUGUAGUUUUCUACUCUUUAACAACUUAAGACCCCACCCACCCCCCCCCCCCCCCCCCCCUUUUUUUUUUUGUUGAAGUGUAUGUAGAACAAGUUGGUCAACUUGGCCCUCUCUGCUGCUUGUGUAAAACAGAACUAUGGUGGUGUUGUGGA